UUAUUUCAGGGAGUUCAUGUUUGGCAUAGCAUAGGCUGAAGAUUUCAGGUUUUUUUUUUUUGACAUUUUGAUUUUCAUUAGGAAGUUUAGAGGGAAUCUUGUGUUCUGGUUUAGGUGGCUUUAGGUUUUGUUUGAUUCUUUGCUUUAGCACCACUUUAGUUCCUUUUUCCCUGAAACUUUUGGUUUGAAUAUAUUUCUGUUUUUUUUUUUUUUUAUGCAUUGUAAAAAGCGCACACACAUAGGCCUCUGUUUUGUUGGCUUCAUCUUUCUUCUCCUCCUAAGAGGAAUAAACAAAUUGAUUGUUAAGUUUGUGUUCCUGUGUAUUUUCCAUCCAUCUACUUAAAUCGUAACAGGCCCUGUUAUGAGUUUCAGUAACUGCAACUCUCCCUACCAAUUUGAGUUUGAGUUCAAAUCUGCAUAUAUGCAUUUGCUGAGCCCAGGUAUCAAAGGAUUUCUGCUGUAAACAGGCAUUAUAUAAAGAAAAUAGAUUUAAAUAGUUUGGCUUUCAAGGGGGGUGAGGAUGCCCCCAAAUACAGUGCAAGUCUAGUGUUAAUUAAAAAUGGUUCUAAAAGAAAUAUUCCUCCUACUCUUUGCAGAUGAUGAUGCUGAUGAUCUGAGGAUUGUGCUGCUAGGAAAGACAGGUGUUGGGAAGAGUGCAUCAGCAAACACUAUACUGAGAAGAAAAUCUUUUCAAUCAGUGCUGACUUCACAAUCAGUGACCAAAGAGUGUCAGAAGGAGACUGCUGAGUUCAGCAGAGAACACAUAAGUGUCAUUGACACUCCAGGCCUGUUUGACACUGGAAUUGAUAAUGCUCAGAUCAUGAAGGAGAUUGUGAAGUGUGUGUCAAUGGCAGCACCAGGACCGCAUGUGUUUCUGCUGGUUAUUCCACUGGUACGGUUCACAGAUGAGGAGAAAGAUGCGGUGAAGAUGACCCAAGAGAUGUUUGGUGAUAAAUCCAGAAUGUACACCAUGGUGCUCUUCACCAGAGGAGACGAUCUUGAAGGAUCCAGAAUUGAAGAUUAUAUUGAAGGAGACAGAAGCUUACAGAACCUCAUCCAUCAGUGUGGAAACAGAUACCAUGUGUUCAAUAAUAAAGAGACUGAAGAUCAAACACAGGUCUCUGAACUGCUGGAGAAGAUUGACCGCAUGGUGGCAGUAAAUGAAGGAGGUUAUUACACUAAUGAGAUGUUUCAGCAGGUGGAGAAAAACAUCAGAGAAGAACAAAAGAGAAUCCUGAAAGAGAAAGAAGAGGAAAUCAAUAGGAAAAAAGAAGACAUGAGAGACAAAUAUGAAGCAGAAAUGGAGCAAAUGAAGAAGGAAACUGAGCAAAAAAGACAAGAGAUGCAAGAUGAACUGAGAAAACGCAAAGAGGAGUUUGAAAAGGAAGAGGAGGAGAUUAAGAAAGAAAAAGAUGAAAGACUACAAAAAGAGCUGCAGAAAAAACUGGAGGAACAGCAGAAACAGCUUGAAGAAGAGAAAAAGAGGACGGAGAAGGCUCUGGAAGAACAACAGAAGAAACACAUAAAAUACCUGGAAGAAAAACAUGAGAAAGAAAGCCAAAAACUUAAGGAGGAAAUAAAACGUGAAACUAGAAAGCAAGCAGAGUGGGAAUACCGUAAAAGAAUUGACAGUAUACCCUACAGGUCAAAGCGAGCUAGUGACUGGGGUUACUAUGUUCCUGUUGUUGGAGCAGCUGCUGGGUCAAUUGUUGGUUCUGGUGAAGACCUUUUCCAUUGGAUUUUUGGUUGAUUUCUUAAACAGCAUACUCCAAACAAAAGGUAAAUUCAGAUUUCAGACCCCUGGUGCCCAGUGAAAACAGAAAAUUGUCUGCAAAACUGUAUAUAGUAAAAAAAUGCUUAACUAAAAAUGAUCUUCUCACAUCAAGAGUAUGAUGCAAACAACAGACUUGUCUUUCUGAACAUAUAUAUUGCAUGGUAUAGAUUCAAAUCCUAGCUCAUUUAUUUCUUAACUGUCCACCAUUCAUCUGAUGUGUGUGCUCACUCCACUCUGUCACUCAUCUAUGAUCUCUUCAUCUACCUGCAAUGCACUUAAUUGCUACUUAAGUUGUCGGUUCAUGACAGGUAAUGUUCUGUUGCUGCUGUGUACUCUGCUGUAAAUAUUUUAUUUUAUUUUUUAUAUUUUUCUAUUCAAUGAUCUUUAAGCCAGUUUGCAGUAAAAUGGAUAAAAAGAGUUGGAGGUCAAUACAUGAGUUUGCAAUGUGCUUCUGCUGAGGCUGGUCAAGCAAAAGUCUCUGUUGUUUCAGUUUAACGUUACUGUAAAGCUUUUUGAUUCUGAUAUUGUGGUCUAAAACUCCUUCACAAACUCUCCACUGACCUAAAUCCUGCUCUCUCAUUGGCUGUUGAUCUUUGCUUAUGUCUUUUUCAGUCAGAAAUCAUUGAUCAUAGCAUCACUUUAGUUCAGAUAUUUAGCAUGUCAAAUAUUUAGCAGCAACAUGUUGAAGACUCUCUCUGAUCACGUUUUGGAUCAUUCACACUGUGGGAAUGGGCACGGAUUUGCCUUGCCAUUUCUCCAAACCUGUCUUCGAAUGCAAAUUAGGGCUAAAAUGCAGUGUGAACUCACAUAAAAGACUCUGUUAAUCAUUUUAUAAAUCAGUCUGUAAUCAAAUACUAUUACUGAUAUACUCACAUAUUGCCAUGUUGUUGCUUGCUCCAAUAAACUUCCUGAAACUUA